AUGAAUCAAUCAAAUAUUCAUCUUGUUGAUCUACCAGAUGAGAUAUUGCUUAUGAUAUUGAAAAAACUUGAUAACAUAAAUGUACUGUAUUUAUUAAUGGGUGUUAUCGAUGAACAAUUUGACAUUCUAUUACGAGAUAAUAUUUUCACAGAUACUCUCAAUUUUAUUUCAAGAUCGUCAACUAAUGAUGAUAUUAGUUCAAUUGAUCAUCGAAUAAUUAAUCGUUUUUGUUUUGAUAUAUUACCGAAAAUUCAUCAUAAUGUCAAACAUCUUAUUCUUGAACCAAUGUUUAUGGAGCGUAUUCUUAUUGCUGGCAACUAUCCAAAUUUAACUUCACUCACAUUGUUUAAUUUCGGAAAACACUCCGCUUUAAAUUAUUUUACAGAUAAGUCAAUCCUUCAACAUAUUUUCAAAUGUCAAAUAACAGAACUUAUUCUUGAAAAUACUGAUAAUUCUGCUUAUGUAGAUGAUGAAAUAUUAUCAGAAAAAUAUAAUAAAAAUGCAUAUAAAUCUAUAUUGACUCUAUUCAAAAAUCUUCAGUCUUUAAGUAUUGUUGGGUCAUCCAUAAACAGUUAUCCACCAUUAUCAAUACUUGAUUUACCAUCAACUAUUAUUUGCUCUUCGAAUCUUACAAAAUUAUGUAUCUAUGUAGAUAGUUUAGAUGAUUGUCUUUAUUUACUUGAUGGUCACCUUAAACAACUAACUAUAUUCAUUGUUCAAAUAGAUUAUAUUCACAAUGAUUUAUCGAUUGUUCAUAAUACUGUAAGUUUAGUUUUAUUUUAAAAUUAUUUUGUUAACAUAAUGAUUAUUGUCUGUUAGAACGUUGAAUAGAUUAAUAAUGUAAUGCAUUGUUUAUUUUUUAUACAAGUAAAAAUAGAAUAUAAUACUUGAUUUUUUCAUAAUUAAUUUUUAUUCAAUAUAAUUAUUUAAUCGAAUAGUAAAAUAAUAUAGUAAAUAGUUCAAAUUUUAUUUAGAUAUUGUUUUUAACAAAACUAUGAUGAUCUUUGUUGAAAAAUUUUCGAUAUCUUUUACUAUAUCUUCUAGUUGAGAUAGUGAGAGUUUAGCGAACGUAUAUUAAAUUGUUUUGUUUGUCAUUGCUGAAAAAGAAUUAUUAGUGCAAUCUCUAUGAGAUUGACAUGUAAAGCACGAUAUUACAUUUUUUUUUAAAUUUAUUCUUACUGUGCCAUUUUUCAUUCGGUUCACAGAUAAAUCAAUAACAUAACACAUACAGAGAACAGAAUUACAAAGAAUAGAAAAUAAACAAUCU